GUCGCUUUAUCGUUCGUUCUUUGGAUUCAUUUCGAAGAAACUGUGAUUGAUUGAUUGUUCAUGCGUGUGAGACAUUAUCAAGAGAGAGAAAGAAGAGAGAGAAAGUCAGACAAGGGUUCUUUGCAACUCUUUAUAAAGAAAAAAAACAUGGAAUUCUUCGAAAUAUAGCCAAAAAAUCCUCUCUCCCUUUGUGGGUUCUCAUUUUUCCGUCUGUUUCUUUAAUCCCAGAUUUCAUUUGCGGAUUUUCCGGCGCUUUCGCCGUUCGAUUUUACCGGAAAACCUUGUAAAGUUUCAGUCUUGAAGGCUGAAUGAUGAGAUGGGGUGCAAUUAAAAUUAGGGUUUUCUUUGAAAAUUUAAAAAAAUAAAUAGAAAAUGAUUUUUUUUAUGUACAGUUUAUUGAGAUGAUUACGUUGGUAAAACCCUGUUAGAAAUUCUUUGAUCUGCUUCAAAUGUCUGUGCGAAUAAGUAUCUGGUAGAGAGUUGCUGUUGGGUUGUGUUUCUUUUUGAUUGAAUUUAAUUCCGAUAUAUUUAUUUUUUCCCGAAUUCAUUCGAUUUGUAUCGAUACAUUAUCUCUGACAGUUACCCCUGUGCUGUCUGGAAAAAAAAAAAAAAAAAAGAAGAGGCAAGAGAGAGAGAGAGAGAGAGAGAGAGAGAGAGAGAGAGAGAGAGAUGGCUCUUUCUUUCACUAAAUUCUCAUGGUUGUGGUUGGGUGGGAAAGAGAAAGAGCCCGUUGUCUCGAAUGGCGGUUUAGUAAAUUCGAUAAAUUCGGUGGGGGAUUGGGGGUUAGGGUUGAGAGGUGAAUCCGAGAAUCUGAAGUUUUAUUCGGUGAAGGAGGUUGAUUCGAGAAUGCCGUCGAAUAGAAAAGCGAAGAGGAAAUGGAAAAGCAGGGAAGAGAGAGGCAAGAACAAGAACGUAGACAGGGAGUACGAUGUUGUCUUGGUCCCAUCGGACGGUGUGUGUUUAUCGGGGUCGGAGUCGGACGAUUCUGAUUGGUCGAUCGGGUGGAUGGAGCCGCACGCCCCUGAUUUCCAGAGCGAUGACGUGGCGGACGAUAGUUUCGCUGUGUUGGUCCCUUGCUAUAGGCACGACACUCAAGAAGCGAACGCGAAGGAGGGAACUAGUGGCGUUCGAUUCUUCAACGGUGUUGGGAAUCUUCCGGUGGAUUCUUUUGCUGUAAAAUUUAAUGAUUUGCUCGUUUUGCCCAUUUUUUCGAUUGAAAUGGCAAAUCCUGUUUACCGGAUUGUGCUGCAUUAUUUGGAUGAUGAGCAUAUACUUGAUAGCAUUGAUCCUGACAGAUAUAGCUACAUUGAUUUGUGUACUGAUAUUGUAGCUGUUUUUCCUACGAUUGGGGCAAUUGAUGGUAUUAGGAUUAGAAGUGGUGUUGAAGGUGGUGGUGAGUUAAUGAAUAUCUCAACUGACAGUGAUGUGAUGAACAUGUUUACUAGAAAUAGUGUUUGUCCAUAUUUUCAUAUGUAUGUGGGUCAUGGUAAUGAUGAGGUUACAGAGUUGGUGGCAUGGGAGGGUAAUGAGGCAGAUGAUGUACAUAAUGGGGGUCAUGGUAAUUGGGCAGAGGGUGAAGGUGAAUUCGAUUUCCUUCAUGAGGACAGUGAUUCUGAUUCAGACUUUGUUCCAAGUGUUGUUGCUAGGUUAAAUGGCAUUAGAGAAGAGUCUAGGAAGUGUAGCCUUCCUUCUGCAUCUGCCCCAGUUUUGCAAGGACCUGUCCAAGUUUCAGCAUAUGGAAAGGAGAAGAAAAAAAAUCUCGUCACUAAGAAAACACAUGUCCAAGCAAUUACCAAAGCUCAUGCGUCUUCAGCACCUGUUCAACUCAAAACUUCUGCACCUGUUCAAGUUAAAGCUUCUGUACAAGCCAAAUCAUCAGCCAAAGCUAUUAUAGAUACUGCAAAGGUUACCAAAGUUCCAGCAUCUUCAGCUCCUGUCAAAGUAAAAUCUAAAGUUUAUGCAUCUAGUUCUAAAGUGAAUUCAAAUUCCCAAUCACAGGCAAGUACCAAUGCUCCUAAGACAUCAGAUUAUGAGCAUCUUGUUGCAAAGUGGAGUUCAGGUGGUGCAAGUAGGUUCAUAUCCCUAUUCAAAUAG